UAGCAAAAUGGCGACUGUCAUUCACAACCCCCUCAAAGCACUUGGGGACCAGUUCUACAAAGAAGCGAUUGAGCACUGUCGCAGCUACAACUCUCGGCUGUGUGCUGAACGGAGUGUCCGCCUUCCCUUCCUGGAUUCACAGACCGGUGUAGCUCAGAACAACUGCUACAUCUGGAUGGAGAAGCGGCAUAGAGGACCAGGCCUGGCCCCAGGUCAGCUGUACACCUACCCGGCACGUUGCUGGCGCAAAAAGAGGCGUUUGCAUCCCCCUGAGGAUUCCAGGCUGAAGCUGCUGGAAAUUAAACCUGAAGUUGAUCUGCCUCUGAAAAAAGAUGGGUUCACAUCAGAAAGUACAACUCUGGAAGCCUUGCUACGUGGAGAGGGAAUAGAGAAAAAAACGGACACUAAAGAGGAAGACACUAUACAAGAAAUCCAGAGGGUUUUAGAAAAUGAUGAAAAUGCAGAUGAAGUAAAUGAGGAAGAGGAUUUGGAAGAAGAUAUUCCAAAACGAAAGAACAGGCCUAGAGGACGGCCAAAGACCCCCACCUGGAAAAAAAUUUUCCAGAAAAAUGCUCGGGGAUCUGGAGGUGGCAGGAGACGGAAUGAUGCUGCCUCCCAGGAUGAUCAUGACAAACCCUAUGUCUGUGACAAUAGUUACAAACAAAAGCAUAACUCAAAAAUCUCCGACAAAGUCUGUGGCAAGCGUUACAAGAACAGGCCUGGGCUGAGCUACCACUAUGCCCACACUCACCUUGCCAGCGAAGAGGGUGAUGAAGCCCGAGAGCAGGAGACCCGCUCUUCCCCUGUCCACAGAAAUGAAAACCACAAACCCCAGAAAGGACCAGACGGGGUCAUCAUUCCCAAUAACUACUGUGACUUCUGCCUCGGAGGCUCCAAUAUGAACAAAAAAAGUGGCCGGCCUGAGGAACUUGUAUCAUGCUCAGACUGUGGGCGCUCUGGACACCCGACCUGCCUGCAGUUCACCACAAACAUGACUGAGGCUGUUAAAACCUAUCAGUGGCAGUGCAUUGAGUGCAAAUCCUGCAGCCUUUGUGGGACCUCUGAGAACGAUGACCAGCUGCUCUUCUGUGAUGACUGUGACCGUGGCUAUCACAUGUAUUGCUUGAAUCCACCAGUCUUUGAGCCCCCAGAAGGGAGUUGGAGUUGUCACUUGUGCCGGGAGCUGCUCAGAGAAAGAGCAUCAGCUUUUGGUUUCCAGGCCUGAGGAGCUCCAGCAAUCAAGAAACACUUUGCUCCUCAUGUUGUCAUACCAGCACAUACUUCCCAUCGAGAACACAAAGACACAACCCACAUCAAAAUGAAUGGACGUUCAAGUACAGGAAGAGGUAUCUGUCGUAUUCACUGUCACCGAUGCAGAACCUCCUGGGCUCUACUAGAAGGAUCGUGUACUUUCCUGAUGCUCCCGAUGAAAUCUCUUCACUGCUAUGCAUGGUUGCUGCUUACCGUCACGGGCUCACAUGCAUUAUAGAAGGGGGAGGGUUGUUAUAUUGACAUGGAGAAGUCAGUUUUGUGUGGCCUUGUGCUGUUUAGUCUUCUCCUUGAAGGAGAAAUAGUAAGAUAUCUCCCAAGGAUUUAUUGGUGAGUACGUUGGUGGGGAGCAGCACCAGUUACUCCUCAAGGGCUUGCCUGGAAAUCUCUUUACUGCAACCACUCUGUAUUCAUACGGGGCCUUGCGUUGCGUAAGUUCAGUACUUAGCAGGUUGUGAACAACACAUUGUCACUGAGAGAAGCGCUGAUCAAAAUUUUUUGGGGGUGACACUUUCUCCCUUGGAUCAAAUGCUUUGCUUUGGCAGAUCUUUAGACAUCUGGUUUUAGUAUUUCUGACAGAAGAGCAGGACCAUUAUGAACACACACAGAUGCUUAGAAAAGUCUACUGUGUGGUAUUUUUGGAUAUUCAGGCACACUGUCCCACUGCAGUGCCAUCACACAGUUCAGACUCAUCAUUUUAUUCUUUUUGCUCAAAAAAAUUGUGAAUGGUUAUGUAUCUUAACUGUCUUGCCAUUUAGCUCAGAAAACUGAAUGAAAGCAAAGUGUCAUUUUAAGUAGAUCAUAGAAAAUGAAGGUGUCAGUUUUCUGAGCCAUCUAAAGUAAGUCGAAAAAAAGGAGCAACAUUGGCUUAGGGUGAUAUGAAGCACUUUCGAUUAUUUUUUUUUAAUUUCUAAACUGAAAUAUUCUGCAAUUGAAAAUGGAAAUUUUAUUUUAGGAAUUGUCUAAUCAGGAAAAGUUGUACUUUUUUUUUUUAAAUCAAAAUAGUUACCAGGAUCUAUCUGAAUGUUCUAAUCAUUUUGCCCCACAAUUCUAUACAACUGCAUUUUUGACAAACAUGAUAAUUUGGCAAAAACCUUCCCAAGCUCUAGAUAAAGGAGUAAUUUACUGAACCUAAUAUGGAAGGAAAGAUUUUCGUAGUUAUUUUAAAAUUUAAAUAGAAAUAGGUGUACUUUGUUUAAACAAACCUCUACAUGUGAAAUGGAGAAACAUUAAGCAAGAGCAUCAUUGGAAAAAAUAUUUUUAGAGUUGAGUCCCUUUGAAUAACUUAGAACAUUGCUAGGAGGACAAAUGAGUACAUUAACCAUUUUUUACCAGAUGCAUCUUUAAGGUUAAAAACACGCAACUCCCCAGACUGCCAAGUAGCCCAGAAAGAUCAUUUUCCUGGGUAUGAUGUAUAUUACUUUCUAUGCAUAGAUUUAAGUGGGAUUAAAAUAUAAAGUUAUGAGAGUCCCAGGCAGCAUGUGGUUCAGGUUGCCUGUACUAGUAGGUAAGGACACUGAAGAUUAUAUUUGGGAUAUUUAUAUUGGUUGAAACUUUUCUGCAAAAUUAAAUGUCCCUGAACACUUGAAAGGACAUUGUGAAAGAAUAUCAGUGAGCUAAUUUUUCUUCCUUCUCCUGCUAAUUACACUUAGUUAGAAUGAACUUUACUGACCUAAUGCACUUUUCCUCAUUAUUUAGAUAGUUUCUUCACCUUUUACGUUUUGUAGCUUGUACAGUAGCCAUGUCAGCUGUUGGAUUUUCCCAUGUGCUUUCAUGAAGUAAUUUCAGGCUGCAGUGGGAGUAUUUUAAUCUGUUAGAAAAGGAGUUUAGAAAGUAUUUAUCCUAGUCGUAUUGGACCAAAUUUCUUCUGGAGCAGCUGAGCUAGCUACCUGGGAUUCAUCCAAUACCUUAGUUUCUGUGUGACUGCCCCCUGGGUGAGCCGAGCGUACAAAGAUAUUUGAGUAUCACAUGCAGAGAGUUCAAAGUGGGAGUCCACAGACCUGCAUGACGUGUCUGGUACAUGGCUGGACAAAGCUCUAAAAAAAAAGUCAAACGAAGAAUCUUCCUCACUCACAGUUUGAGGAACUGCCCGUCCCUGUGGUCCCAUUCAGCUUUCUGUGCCAUUCCCACCGCCCUGUCUGCUGUUACCUGGUUUGAUGGGUGGUCCUAGGGACAUGAUCAGGAGGUGGUGUGAUCCUCCUGGAUGCAUCACCUAAAUCUCUGGUAGCCCUCUGUGGGCUGUUGGUGGGACCAGCUGGUGCAGGUCAGUGCUCUCUGUCCCUGUGAUGGAGACAUUGCUGAAUGAUCUCUGCUCUGCAUGCACACCUGCUUUCCUGUUUUGCCCUUGUGAUCCAUACCACUGGCUAUUUUCUCCUCCCACACUAUAGUGAACAGCAUCGUUCAUGGUUGUAAGUAUUCGUUAGUGGCACUGCUGAAGUUUCAUCGCUAAUGAGGUAUGACAGAAGGAUGGAUGGCUAGAUCUUUGGUGGCAAAAUAUUGUUGGAGAUCAGUGUAAGAUCCCAUCAGCUUUUAAAAAUGGAAUGGAUUUGUUGGAAAGUAUAUGUUUGUCGUGCAUUGGGCAGAGCAGCAAGGGGAUGUUUUUCCUGAGCACUGACAAAGACAUGUGAGCAGGGAAAGCUGCUAGUGAAGGCAGUUUGGUCUUCCCUUUAGCCUGGCAGACCAAACUGAGACAAAAUUCAAGGUGUGCUCCUUAUCUGCUCUGGGGAUAGCUGGGAUUUCUCUUUUUUGCCUUUUUUUUUUUUUAAAGUGAUGUACCCAGUAAAUCAUCUCUGUACCUGCUCCCGCUCCCCUCUGUGGUGAAGUUCACACUCCAUGUGUGAGCUCGUUGGCAGUCCUCAGGGUGAUCAAACUCUGACGUAUUUCAAAACUCUUCUGAGUAGGCAAGGCAAGCUAUUUUUUAGCACAAAUCAGGCCAAACUACCAUAGGAGGUGGUAGAUUCUGCAUCCCUCAAAGUCUUCAAAUCAAGACUGGGCAGUUUCCCAGAAGACAUAUUUUAAUUAAAUGCAAUUUUAGUUAAUCACAAGAAUGUCUGACUGGAAAAGGCUUGUGUUGUAGAGGAAGCUAGACUAGAUGAUGUAAUUGUUCUUCCUGUCCUUAUUAUAAAAACAGAUGUUUACCAGUCGAGGGGAUGUAUUUAAAUAAAGCUGUGUCUGGGUAAUGGCUUUAAAAUAUGUUAAACAUAUUCAUGAAACCCUUCUCAUUUUUAACCCAUUUUGGGUAAAUCUAAAAAAGGUCAGUUACAGAAAAUUGUCUUUAUGAAUGCAGUAAAUAGUGCAUUACCUCCUUCGUGCCCUCAAUGGCAGCUGUUGGUGCUAGGUACCUCAGGCUUCUCCAGAGAAUGAACAAUUCAGACUGCAUUGUGUGAAACAAUGGCUUGGUUCUGGCUUUCCCUCCAUAGAACAUGAAUGCUGGGCUGUCCAGUUUUCUGGAAGCCAGCAGGGGCAGAGAAAUGGUCUCAGUCUUCAGAUUGCAUCUGAAGCAUUUGAGAAAACAUACCUUAGGACACUCCUUGAGCUAGGAAAGUCACCAUUAAGUGUGUUCUGAAACACAUAUUACUCAAAAUAACUUUGAAAUUGUUAUUCCUCACCUUUCUUUAAAAAGGGCUCAGUAAAUUCUGCCCCAAAGCAAGAGCCUCCCGCCCUGUGCCAUGCUGUUGGGCUAGUGGAUGUUCCUCACACCUACAGCAUCUCUUUUGACAGGGGUCAUUUGGGAGGUGAGGACAGGAUGGGGGUAGAAAGGAAUAUUAAUUAAGCUUGCCACUGCUGGAGGAGCGGUGUACAUUGUGUGCAAGGAAAUUCCAGGUAGAGCUGGGCAUGAUCUUUCUGUGUGAAAUAAAUUUAUUUCGGGAAAAAAAAAAAAGGUGCUUCUGAGGGGACCACAAUUAUUCACAUACCCAAGUGCAAUCUGACAAAUUAUUUCAUGUAAAAAAU